AAACAAUUGGCAAUAUUCAAGCGAAUUGAGUCUCAUUAUAGCGACUUGAUUGUAAAUCCUAGCCAAGUUGAACCACUCAGACUUAUCAUAAUGGGAACUGCGGGAACAGGAAAAUCACAUCUAAUUAAAAUUAUUCGAGAUUGUCUCCAGGAAAUGGCAAGGAUUUAUAAUGUCAAUACCCAAUCACCUGUGCUUGUAUUUGCGCCAACUGGAGUCGCAGCGUUCAACAUUCACGGGACAACGAUCCAUUCAGCACUCUCAAUUCCAAUAGGAAGUGCUAAUUUAGAUAUAGACAGUGAAUGA